UCUAAGAGGAUUACUGGGCCUCUAUCAGAAUCAAGAAAUUCCAUGAAAUUUGAGUCCGUUUUCAAAAUUUCAAGAAAGACAUUCAACUACAUCUGUUCCCUUGUGAAUGAUGUUCUUACGGCAAGGCAAUCUAACUUCAGCAGUACAAAUGGGAAGCCAUUGUCUCUAAAUGACCAAGUGGCUAUUGCUCUUAGGAGGCUUAGCUCUGGUGAAUCAUUGUCAAACAUUGGUGAUGCAUUUGGGAUUAACCAAUCAACUGUUUCUCAUUUAACCUGGCGAUUUGUGGAAGCAAUGGAAGAAAGAGGGCUCGAUCAUCUUCGCUGGCCUUCCUCCCAAACGGAGAUGGAAGAGGUAAAGUCCAAGUUUGAGAAGCUACAUGGCCUUCCUAAUUGCUGUGGUGUGAUCGACACUACACACAUUGUCAUGACUCUGUCUGCAGUAGACCAUUCAAAUGAUGUAUGGAUUGAUAGGGAGAAGAACCACAGCAUGGUCUUGCAGGCAAUAGUGGAUCCUGACAUGAGAAUCCGUGAUGUUAUUGUUGGGUACCCAGGUAGUUUAAGUGACGCUCUUGUACUCCAAAACUCUAGUUUCUACAAACUUUCUGAAGAAGGGAAAAGGCUAAAUGGAAAAAAGAUCAAGCUCAUGGAAGGAGCAGAAUUAGGAGAAUACAUUAUAGGAGAUGCAGGUUUCCCCCUACUGCCAUGGCUGCUUACUCCUUUUCAACAUGCACUCCCAGGUCAUCAGGCCGAGUUUAAUAAGCUACAUUCUGCAGCAAGAGUGGUAGCACAAAUUGCAUUGGCAAGGCUAAAGGAGAUGUGGAGGAUAAUGCAUGGAGUAAUGUGGUUACCUGAUAAGAAUAAGCUGCCUAGAAUAAUCUUUGUUUGCUGUUUGCUUCACAAUAUUGUUAUUGAUAUGGAGGAUAAGGCGCUCGAGGAGAUGCCCAUGUCUCAUCAUCAUGACAAGGACUAUCGGCAACAAAUUUGCGAAUCGGCCUCCAAAACUGGUACUGAUAUGAGGGAGAAGUUCUCUUACUACAUAUCUAAUAAAUUGCCACCUUGAAGAGUGUUAAAUCAUGCAUAGACAGGCUGAUAUGAUGGAGAAGUUUGAAUUCUCUGAUCUUUAGACCCUCUCAGGAACCAGAGCAUGAUCCUCAACAUCUAAUAGAGAAGGGUUGGAUUGCUUUUUGCCUAUUGUGUAUUGUAGCUGUAAUGGACAUUGCCCUGAAAGGGCAAACAAAGUGAAAAUAGAUGGAAUAAGCAAAUUAUGGAUACUAUACUGAUAACUGACAGCAACAUUUUCUACUUGUCUAAAUUUUGAAAGUUCCUGUGUUCAAAA